AUGACCUUCGAUAGUGGCACACCCGAAGGAACUCUAUCCGACGCAUCGUCCUCACGUAGUUCAAUAAGCGAAGUAUCACCCUCUAGCAGGGAUGAUUCAGAUGAUUCUUCACCUGUACAGAGCGCUCGCUCCCACAAGCGACGAGCGCCCGAUGAUCGCCAUAUUCGUUCAUAUUCUCGGGUAAAACGCUUAAAGCCGUCAUAUAACGGUCAGUAUCGCUUGCUCUUCAAUGAGACAGUCGAGUUGUUCUCGUCACAGCCUCGAGCCGAAGGCACGCCACUCACAAAGCGGCCUCAAAGUGGUAAAAGUCACUGGACGGCGGACGAGAAACAGUGUUUCUUUGGUGCCCUGUCCAGAUAUGGAACUCAUAAUUCUGCAACGAUCGCUACAGCUGUAGUGACAAAGAGUGAAUCAGAGAUCUGUCUCUUGUUGACUCUACUUCGUCGUGCUGCGGCUGCUCAUGAAAUGCGUGCCACAAAGAGGAAGAGAAUGUUCGAUGUCUCUACAAUCGACGCGGCGAUAGAGAUCAGUCAGGAAAUCGAAGGUGCACUUGAAGAAGAAGCUGACUCUUUAGCAAUCCUUCAGCAUCAAGAGGAAGCAAGAGUCGAGAGGGGAAAGUAUCCGAAACACUGGCUGCUGACAUCAACAGCUGCAAGAUGGGCCAAACGGUGCCUCAAUGCUGGUGAGGUCGGGUUGGAGCAACUCAAUGCAGAGGUUCCUGCAGCGAUUUUGCUUGACCUCCAAGCGUUUCUAGGUCUGUCUAAAGUCUUCUUCAUGAACUCCAGCGAUCUACAGUAUAAUUGGCGCACUUAUGCAGAGAGGCGCAGGUCUCCCUCAAUCAUGCAUACAGCUUUCUCGGAUUUGCAUACCAUGACCUAUAGCUUCACAAAGCGUAUCGUAUGUUCUACUCUCCACCUUGCAGCUUCCCGGAUACGUGCAGAAACCAUGGAAGGCUACAUGCCCAAUCGAGAUAUAAAGCGUAGCGAUGUUCAAGCAGCUCUCCAUACUCUAGGAAUCGCAGCAGACACGCAUAAUUUUUGGACAAAGGUAGCUCGUAAAUGCAAUUUGGUGGUUUACGAGGACGUACGUAACCGUAAAGUGUCAGGCAAGCAGUACAAUUAUGAGGAAGUCGAGGAACAUCUAUUGACUUACGAUAACCGGAGAGGGCGAUAUCGGUCAAAAAAAACAGUUGCUCGAGUGACCUUGUCUGAUGAACAUCAUUCGGAGGGAACCGAGUUCGAUGUCUAUAGCAACAGUGACAAAGAUGGAAUUCUUGAGCAGUCUCCGGACGGCGGCGAAACGGAACAGCUCUGCGAAACCCGACAUGAUCUGCAAGUAAGUGCAGAGCUGCAAGAAGCUCGCCAGGACGAUUACAUGGAGAAGCUUGACCAGGGUGCUAGUGCGGCAGAGGAAACACGACUACAGGCAUUACUUGGGAUCACAAAAGAUCCCUCCAGAAUGAAUGAAGGAAAACUCCUACGCAAGAAGACCCUGCCGCCUCAGAAGACAAGAAAUGACUUGAUUGACUGGAUAGACCAAGUGGAUUAUGCGUCUGAGUGGGAGGCUUUUGAGACGCCAAUGCCGGAAGAUUCUCCAAUGUGA